AUGUCUACACCAAUUUUCAGUUACGCCUCUGCGGCCGCCGCAGUUGCCUGUGCCACUAUUUUCCUGGUGGCUUAUCGAGACUAUCGUGCAUACGUUGCCCUUGGCCCUCAUGGCCUGCCCGACAACUUCUGGGGUUGGUACAAGCAACUCAAAAUGUCUCGAAUAGCUCGCAAAGACAUCACUGUACCAGCUCCUUAUGACCUAAAAGCAGUCAAGGACACUGCUGGGCCAAAUGCCACCACCAGCUAUCUCACGAAGCCAUUGGAGCGCCGAUCCGGUCAACGGCCAACCGUCCCGAAUUUCACCGCCCCUCAGCGCCAAAUAACCGCCACUGCAUCCACGGAAAUGAAACUACUAAUGAACCAAUACAUUGAGUCUUUGGUCAAGUCCAAUGAUGACACUUUACAAUUGCAGCUCUCUCAUCUUGAGGGUCCAGUUCCCGCUCUCCAACUGAAAGACGGAAUCAACAGACCACCUUACCUGAACCCGACUCGUGGAGAGUUGGCGCACGUGCACCCUCCGGAUGGCAGUACACAUCUUGUUCUCUCCCUGGAAGAUUCCAAGACUGUCAUCGAGAGAGGCUGGGGUCAGAGACACAGGUUGAGCGGAAGUUUGAUAGGGUGGGGGUACACUCUUGUCUAUGCGCCGCGGGAUCAAGAAGAAUUUCGUACUUGGAAGAAUAUUGUGUAUGCUGCGGCGUGUUACUGCUGUGCUGAAAUAUCUGAUAUCAAGGAACCGCUAUGA